AUGUUCAGCUGUGUGAUCUGGAUGUUCAUCCUACUCUGCACCUCUAUAGCAGAUGAAAACUCUAUCAGAGAUGCUGACAUUUUCCCUUCAUCUCCUGAAAUUGAAAGAGGAUCCACCUUGAAAUUAUUUUGUGUUCUUGGAAAACACUACACACCUCACAGAAAUGCAAGCCAUAUCAUCUGGAAAUUGAAUCAUGAAUUGAUCGCUCAGGAAAACUAUAACAUUGUGAACGAGACUGUGUCUAGUAUAACCAUCCGUAAUUUCACCUACAGCAAAGCUCAUGUGAAAUGUUUCAUUAAGUACUUGGGCGAGGAGCAGCUUUUGGUUCACACUGAAGUUAAGUCUGGCUUUCCACCAGACACACCAGGAAAUAUUUCCUGCAUUUAUUACUUUGAUGCUGAACUUACCUGCACCUGGAGUUCAGGGAGAGAAACUAAUCUUAGGACAAACUAUACUCUUUACCGAAAAAUGAUGACUCUUCCAAGUACAGUGGGCUCCUGCCGAAGCAAAAUGGAGUCAUGUUCAUUUUAUUAUCCAGAUAUUCCAUAUAGUAGUUCUUUUUGUUUUCAGGUGAAAGCUGAAAAUAUUUUGGGUGAAGCCUCAUCAGGUUGUGUUCCUAUACCUAUGGAAAAAAUAGAGAAAUUUGAACCUCCUGAAAUACUUUCAGUUAAAAAAAUCACUGGUAUAAAGCAGUUGCUUACAGUAACCUGGGAAAUGCCUGAGAAGAUUGUCCCUUCACAAGAUUUAAUUUGCCAGGUUCGAUACAGAAACUUGUAUUCAAACUCUUCGGAAUUUAUCACUGUCCCACUGAAUUCUGCACAGAAAAUGGGAUCAUGUAAUCUCACAGGUCUGUGGGACUCCACAGAAUAUUCAGUUGCCAUUCGGUGUAUCAGUGUUGUGUCAAUGUUCUGGAGUGAAUGGAGUAGAGCGAAAAAAGCAAGCACAGAAGAGAAAGCUCCUUCAGAAAGAGUGGAUUUGUGGAGGGUAAUUGAAUCUUCACACUCAGCUGGAAGUAGAUCUGUACAUCUUAUGUGGAAGCCAUUAAACAGCUUUCCAUCUUCUGGGAGAAUUCUAGGCUACAAAAUACAGUAUUUUCUAGAAAACAAUGCUGCAAUUAAAAUGACAAACAUCUCUACUGACAAGAAGAUGACUUUACUUUUAAAUGAAGAGGCAUAUAUUAUAUCUGUUAUGGCCUAUAACUCUGCUGGAAAUUCUCCUGAAGCUAUUUUGAGGAUUCCAUCCACUGACGAAAGAUCUUCUCAGGUUAUCGAAACAGUGAGGACCUUUACGACAAAUGAAGAAGUGGUUGUGGAAUGGGUAGCCUUCGAAACAGAAGUAACCAAAUAUGUAGUUGAGUGGUAUGAGGAACUGGAAACAGAUCCUUUUGGUAGAUCAUGGCAAUAUGUAUCAAAUUCUACAAACUGGAAAACUAACAAAAAAAACUUUAAACCAUUUGUAUGCUACAACAUCUCAGUGUAUCCUCUCUAUGGAAAUAAAGUAGCAGCUCCAUAUUCCAUACAAACUUACAUUCAAGAGAAAAAGCCAUCAGAAGGACCUGUGGCUGACACAGGCAUUCCAGGGAAAAAUGAAGUUACAAUAAAAUGGAAGGAGAUUUCAAAGGAUAAAAGAAAUGGGUUUAUCAGUAACUAUACAAUAUUUUAUAAACCUGAAGGUGGAAAAGAAUUGAAUGACACAGUGAACGCUGAUGUUCUGCAAUACAGACUGAAGUCCUUACAGCCUAAUACACAAUAUACUGUCUAUAUCAUGGCAAGCAAUGAAGCUGGUGGAACCAGUGGGGAGCCAAAAACCUUCAAGACUUUGAAAUUCAAUAAGGAAGACGUUAUUUUCAUUGCUCUGCCUGUUGGACUAAGCAUGUUGGUUCUGUUAGGCCUUUGGAUAGCAUGCAUUUUGAAAAAACAUGCGUUUAAAAAGGCUUGCUGGCCUGAUAUACCCAAUCCUGCAGAGAGCAUUGCAGUGGAAUGGCCUCUUGAUGCAUCUAUGAAUAAUUCAUUUUUGAAGGGAGUAACAACUGAGGCUAAAACCAUAGACUUUGAAGACGUAAGUGUUUUGGAACAUUGUUUUCCUGAAGACAGUCAGGAAGGAUCGCUACUAAUGAACUGUGAAAACCGUGUUUCUACAUGUACUGAUACUAAUACAAAAGGCAUGAUUAAUAGAGAUAAAAAGAUACUGUAUAAUAAAGAAAAUGAAGUUGCUAAAUGUUUUUCACCAUCCAUGCCUUAUAUAAUUACUGAUGAAGAUACCAGAAGUCAAAUGCAUUCAGCCUUAAUACCAGUGAAGGAAAUCCAAUGCAUAGAAAUGAUGGAAGAUGGUGUAUGUGGAUCUCAACACGCUUCAAUUAAAAAUGGGGAAAAUGAUCAUGAAGUUUUAAAGCUGGAAGAUCUCAGUGUAAAAGCGCUGUUCAAUCCAUACCUUAAAAAUUCUGUUAAAACAAGAGAAUUUAUUAUUUCAGACAACUUGCCAGAACACAGUAAGAGUGAACCCAAAAGCCAGUCCACUGUCUUACCUCCUUUUCACCAAAAUGUUGCAGGACAGUCCUAUGUAACACUGGACAUGUUUGGGCUGGCCACAGCUCAUUAG